AUGUACCGCAUACUUAAUAGCUUCAACCGACUUGAAACUUUGAGAUCCGAUGUGAUCGGAUGCGCUCUGCCUCGAGGGUCAGGUGCCAACAGCAAUGUAUAUUCCGAAACACAAUCCGGAGGACGUUUUCUGAGCUCGACGCAAUCGCCAAUUCUGGCGGUUCCUCCGAGACCAUUAAGUAGCCAAGAAGGAGGGCAAGCAAGACCAGCCCAGGACAAAUUCGAGCGUGCUGUGCGGGACAAUGCAAAACACUCCUCAGAAGCUCCAGGCUCGAGGAAAAGCAAUCUGGCAAAACGUCGAUCUCAAAAAGCAGAUUGUGAUCCUGCAGAGUCUGAAGCCAAGCGCCCACGCAAAAGUACUCCAUGGCGUCGAGAGCAAUGCCGCGUCAGUCAGGAGCGCUACAGACAGAAGCGAAUCGCGUAUGUGAAUCAACUAGAGUGUGCUGUAGACGAAUUGCGCCACCAGGUUCCAUUGCUCGAGAUUCAACAUGCUCGGAUGUGCUACUGUCCCGGCCUGACCGUGUGGUCCGUUGUAACGGAGUAUUUCCACCUCUUUGAGCGUGGUACGGACCCCAUCGCAUCCAGCUCACAGAGUUGGUCCCUGAAUCUUCAGGCGCAACGUCAAAUGGUUUUCCUGCGAUCAACGAUGGCGAGAGACAUCGUGCUGGGUGAUCGGCGAGGUAUUGACGCUCUACUAGAGCAGUGGAAAUGGUAUUCCAAAUGCUUCGAAGAUGUCCACCUUCAACUGUAUCGCGUAACUAAGGCAUCACCGUCACUCGUUUGGGUUUCGUCGGCAUUGAGAGUGACGAUCACGCGCAUGACAUUGGAGCAUGUUUUCCCGCAUCUAGUGGGUGAUAGUGAGAAAUUGUGGCGCUUUCGGUUAAGGAUUAUGGGAAAAAGACUGGUUCUUCCAUGCCGUCUCUGUUUCGAGUGGGACGAAGAUACAAAGCGGGUUGCCCGACUGGAGACUGUGGUAGACUUCGUCACACCUUUGCUUCAACUGCUUGGUAAUAUUGAAAACGCGAGUUUUGUGCUAGAACGAGCUCAUAUCACUGUCGAUAGUGCCGAAAACGGAACGAAACCUCACGAAUAA